ACGUGUGUUUGUAGUUGUGUGAACUGAUUUAUUCAGCAUGAGGAACUGUCAAGUAUUUUCAGUGGAUUAAGGUUAGAAUUAUUGAACGGAGGAAUAUUCGUACGGAAAACGAGGAUUUCACAAGUUUUGUAGCGUUCAAACAUAGGACACCCGCAACAAAUUAGAAAACAUGGAUUUGCAAGCACCUUUGGGAAAUUUGUCGUCCACACAGAAGGACCAAUUGAUGACCGAAGUUCGACAACAAAUCGCUGUUGCCAAUGCACAAGAAUUAGUAACAAAAAUCACAGAAAAAUGCUUUAAAAAGUGUGUAACAAAGCCAGGCACGAGUCUGGGUGGCUCUGAACAAAAAUGUAUCGCCAUGUGCAUGGAUCGUUUUAUGGACUCUUGGAAUUUAGUGUCUAGAACGUAUGUGCGAAGGAUACAACGUGAACAAGGAGGUGGUGGUUUCUAAAUGGCACCAGUGUAUAGGAAUAAACUCGACGAAAAGCCAAUUGCAAUUGGAGUUUAAUAUGGAACGAAGGAAAAAUUCGUUUCUCCAGCAUUUGUUAAAUCACUGUAUUUUACUCUGUAGAAAGUAAUGGGAUGUUCUAGAAAAUAAAGACCGUCACGUAAUAUCGAACAGA